CACGUGGUGCGACGCGCGCCGGCUGCCGGGAGCUGGCUGGGCCGCGGACGGCGGGGCCGGUGUUGCAGCAAGUGGUCAGGCUGCCCGGCGCGUAGGGGCCAUGCCGCCGGGUCCCCGGGCCUGCCUUGCCCCGCUCCCCGGCCGCCGCGCCCCGCGUCCCCGCCGGGAUGGUGAACCUGGCGGCCAUGGUGUGGCGCCGGCUCCUGCGGAAGCGGUGGGUGCUCGCCCUGGUCUUCGGGCUCUCGCUGGUCUACUUCCUCAGCAGCACCUUCAAGCAGGAGGAGAGGGCGGUGAGAGAUCGGAAUCUUCUCCAGGUUCAGGACCACGACCAGCCCAUUCCGUGGAAGGUGCAGUUCAACUUGGGCAAUAGCAGCCGGCCAAGCAAUCAGUGCCGGAACUCCAUUCAGGGGAAGCACCUCAUCACGGACGACCUAGGGUACGUCUGUGAAAGGAAGGAUCUACUGACGAACGGCUGCUGCGACGUCAGCGUCCCCAGCACGAAGCAGUACUGCUGCGAUGGCUGCCUGGCCAACGGCUGCUGCGGCGCCUACGAGUACUGUGUGUCCUGCUGCCUGCAGCCCAACAAGCAACUUCUCCUGGAACGCUUCCUGAACCGGGCAGCUGUGGCAUUCCAGAACCUCUUCAUGGCAGUGGAAGAUCACUUCGAAUUGUGCUUGGCUAAGUGCAGGACCUCUUCCCAGAUGGAGAUUUCCCAGUUGCCAUUCCGUUUGUUUUGAUAACAGUAUCCCAGCAAAGAGCAGAGUGUGCAGCACGAGAACACCUACCGGGACCCGGUGGCCAAGUACUGCUAUGGAGAGAGCCCGCCCGAGCUCUUCCCCGCGUGAUGGCCCGCCGCAGCCUGGACGCCCAGACGCUGCCGGAGGACGCGCCGCCCGGAGCCAGGCUGAAGUGUCCCAGCCAGUUCAGUGCAGGGCGACAGGUGGCCUGGGGACGCCUUGACUGCGACCACUUCCUGUGCUGUCCCCCGGCUCCGCCCACCACCUGGGCUCCACCACCACCUGGGCUGCACCUGGAGGAGCUCUUCUAGAAGGGACUGGAGCCUGGGGCUGGGCCCAGCAGGGAAGACCGCAGGCUGAGCUGGGAGUGAGGGCCUUCCUGGGGGACAGCCUCAGCGCCACGCAGGCGCCUGGACUUGGUUCCUCAGGCGCCAGGUGUUCACUUCCACUUGGACCUGGGCUCGUCCCUGUAUAAUUAUUUAUUAGAUUCCUUUGGAAUAGUGGGAAACACAUAAUGUUUUAUGUAGGAAAAUGCCUUACCAGUCUAGUUGAGUAUAUUCAAGGGAAUUAUUUUUGUUCUUAUGUCCUAGAGUUUCACGAGUUAAGUCAUCCCUUCACCCAGAUAAAGUGGCUUGUCUCACACAGUGUGGAUCUUCUCUCUAGGGAGUUAUUUUGGGUUUUUUGGGUUUGACAUCUUCAAGGGUAGGUCUCAAAUCCAACUUAGUAACCACAUCCUGGCAUUUAAGAUGAUCUAAACACUCAGAGAGGCUGCUGCCUUCUGAUCUUGGGCAGAGCUGCAGGUAGAGGAGCCUCUGUCCCAGGCCCUGUUCUGUGACCUCCAUGGGCUGCCUGCCUUAGGACUGUUUCAGCCGGAGUCCUAACGGGGUGUCCCAGAGGCAGUCCUCCUCCCUUCCUGUCACAGAAGCCCUGUGCUGAGGCCCUUGCUAAAUGCCUGUGCAGACAGCAGGCUGUCUUCUUUAUUGCUUUCGGCUUUGGAAGUGUAACAGGUAUAAAUGUUCAGUUUUCCGAUGAUUUUUGAAGAAGAAAAGAAAACCCACCUUUCUACGGGAGUGCUGUGAGAGUUUCUUUUCUAUUUUUAAUUUUCUAUUUGUUCUUUCUAGUUAAGGAUGACAGUAGAAUGUAUUUGUGGGUUUCUUAAUGUGCCCUCAGUGGGAGGUGUUUGGUUCUCAGUUGAGAGUGUCACACACACAGGUGGCUGGUGUGUCUUGCAUCUGUGUGCUUAAAGUGCUGUGCACUUUUCAUGGUACCACCAAGUCUCUGACGCAAGGCCUGGAGCAUUUGUCUUAAGAUCAAGGCCUCACACCCUCGAGUACACUGCCCGUGACUUCAGGAGGCACGUGGCGCACACCUCUUCCCGACCACUUCACUAACCCCAGGUCGGGCAAGGUCUUUUUUCUUUUUUUUUCCAUCGUUAAGGUUGACCUGGGAGCCGGGUGCACAUUUUACGAUCUGCUUUGAACAAUUGUUUUUCCCUAGUGGAGCGUUUCUUGGGCCAUUUUGCCUUCUAGAAGUUUCUGCAGCACACAGCGGCCAUUCUUUAACUCGCCCGCUGUCCCUCUUACAUCACCUUCCCUAAGUAUCCGUACUCCUCAGUAAGUGUUCUUGGAGGGCGAGCUCUAAGCCGGUCUCGAAUGUCGGCUCCCACAGGUCCGUUCUGUCUGCUGUGGGCGCCUCCCGUUCUCGUUUGCAGGGUGCUGACGCAAGCUCGGCAGGAACCUGGCCGCCUGAGCCUUCUACCCGCGCCUUUCGGCAACUCAGGUGGAAUCGCAGUGCCAGUCUUCCCCGGGUCGGCUGGCAGCCCUCCUUGGCGCUCAGCCGGCUCUGGAGCGCUGUGACGCUCGCCUCGACGCGGCCUGUGCCCGCUGCUGGUCCCCUCCAGCUCCGCACUGAAAUGGCCCCUCUUCACACAGGCCCUGCAGCCUGGCCAUCGGGACCCAGGCUGCGUUUGCACUUCAGAGAUGAGGAAGCCCAGGUGCAGGGGCCUCGCGUCCCCGCUGACUUCAUGAGGACCCCAGCAGGAGCUUCCUCUGGCUCUGGUCCAGCAUGCCUCCCACCAGACCUGCUGGCUCCAGCACCAAACAAGUGUCCUGUCUGUCCCGUGGCUUCCAGUUGCCGGGCCAGGAGGAGUGAGUGGUCAUUUUCAUGUGGCCGAGGAGUGUGUUUUUUGUAUCUAAAAAUCAAUCGGGCACGUGUGCCAUUAUGGAAACUUAGAGCCGACUGCGUGAUGCAGCCACAGCCCGGGCACCCGCCUGGCCCGGCCGCCCGCCAGCCCGCUCUGCUCUCUCUCUGCUUGUGGUUUGUUUGAUCAAGGGCUUCUCAGAUCAGCGCCCUUGUCUCGGUUGUGUGUGUCCAGAGCCUAGCAAAGCACGUGAUACAUAUUGGCAGUUUAGGAAAAGAUCCCAGAAAGGAGAAAACACCUUUAGUUGAGGAAAGAAAACUAUUGAACGUGGAGUGUUUUCAGCAAAGGGCUGAUCCAGUAUUUCCCCAGCGCUGACUCGUGAGCACACUGGUCGCUGGAGCUGUACAGGUGUGUGAGAAGCCCAUGGUCGGUAGAGGCGACUCUGAGACAGGAAUGUCAAAGGAAGGCUUGGCCGCCUCUGAGCUCCUGAGUUCUUGGAAAAGCCCAGAGGCCUUUGGAGCAGUGAUCGCACCCCUCAGCAUCUUUCCGAGGCUGACUCGGGACCUUCUGGAAGUGCCUCAGUGGACAUCUGUGGGGGACAGGGUCUCACAUUGUGAGAGUCUGAGCAGACUUUCCCAUCCUCAGGGUUUGCUUAUAAAUCAAAAAUGUACAGAGAUAUCGCAUGCUUGGCACACUCUUUGCAGGCUGGAAAUUGUGCCUCCGAGUUGGUAACUUCUACUUAUGCACGGCGUGGCCUUGGACUGUCUUCUGUCCUCUGCUGAGUCCCUGGCCCUUCUGUUACAUGGGAUCGCGCCUACCUCUCCUAGGCUCGCUGAGAGGUGUCUGAGUGGGCGCCCACUGCUUGGCAAGAAGUCCACGCCUGCAGCCCAGCCGGAGCAGCACGGGUGGAAGGCAGGGCCGUGAUUACAGAGCGCUCGUUAUUAUUUUUCUUAAUAUUAGUAGAAAUUCCUACUGCAGACAAAAGCUUCAGGUAAUUCAGAAACAGCUAAAGGCAGGAGGAACAACCUAAAGCCAUACAGCCUAGAGAUAAGCACCAGCCACUUUUCUCUUGCCCUGUGACUUUUUCUAAACAACAAUGAGGACCCUUUUUUGUAUGCUGUUCUUCUCAGUGGCCACGGCCAUUUUCAUGGGUCUGCAGAACUGUUCUUAAUGCCCUACGGAGCCCAUUGAGCCCACACGUCCCACGUCUGUUGUUGCGUUUGCUACUACAAACAGUGCAUGGAUGAUGUCCGGUGCUGGGGUACCCAUUGCCAUGCCUCUGACAACCCUGUGUUACCAUUUUAAAACUCUUUGCUAGUGAAUCUCAGUGUUCUAAUUUGUAUUUAAAAUUUUUUAAAAUCAUAAUAUUCCUUCUCAUAUGGAUCAAAACUCAUACCAAAGCCAGGCGCAGUGGCAUAUGCCUGUAAUGCCAGCGGCUCACAAGUUCAAAGGCAGCCUCAGCAAUUUCGUGAGGCACUAAGCAACUCAGUGAGACUCUGUCUCUAAAUAAAAUACAAAAUAGGGCUGGGAUGUGGCUCAGUGACUGAGUGCCCCUGAGUUCAGUCCCCAGUACCUGUCCCACACCCCACCCCCACACACACACCAAAAAACCAACCUCAUACCAAAUAAUGAGUUCUGGAUUACAAAAAAUUUACUUUUUGCAUCUUUGUUCAUGAGUGAAAAAUACAAGUAGUAUUCCUAUUUUUAAUUUCUAGUGAAAUGAACUCCAUCCCCUGUUUGGCCAUUUAUCAUUCACAUGUGAUGCAUUGUGUCUUUGUGGCUUUUCCCCUUUUCCUUCCUGAUUACUGCAGAGCAGUUUUUUAAAAGGUAUUUUUUUAAUUUUCAGUGGAAAAAUAAAAAGCCUUAAACUC